AAAAAAUACUGUCUUCCGAAGAACCGAACGGUACGCGAUAGCCGGGGUAUUCGAUUCUCAGGACGCAAAAUCGGGUGGUUUGGUAUGAGAUAUUCGGGUCUGUAACUAGGCGGUUUUGAAAGUCGAUCGGUUCAGGCGAGUGGCCAGAAUAUAACUGAGGGAUUUCGUGAAAUUCAACAAAAUUGUAGACGUCGUGUGACGUGAGAUUUCCUAUAAACGCGGUGAGAUCGAGUCCGGUACAAUCGUCUCACAAGCGAGGAAUCACCUGGCUAGCUGCCAAUGCACGCGUACGUAACAGAUGCCACCGCUAACCACCAGCCGACCGGUCCAGGAUUGUGCUUUUUACAAAAUGGCGAAGUGCUUCCGGCCGGCGAACACAAAAAUUCAACCGUCACGGGAUGUCGUCUAAUUAUGUGCUCGGAGUUUGGAUUCGUGAGAAUCGACGAGUGUCCAACGAAUUCUUGCAGCAGAACAGCAGUGUCCGGUACUCUGAUCGGCUACGAGCAACUCUACCCCGAUUGUUGCAGUAGAAUCGCUUGCCCUGACAGCGACUUCUUUUUCACCGAAACCAAAGGAAAUCAAAUCGAUUAAUGUAACAAUAGGUAUACUCGAUGAAAUGUAUGCUCGAUAAUCAAAGUAAUUAACAUGUGUAACCCGUCAUGUUUACCUCAACCAAACAUCGAUUUACUAUUCAAACGCGUCAACGCCGCGAAGAAAGUUAUACCAUGUUAUACAAACCUGCAACAUAAAGACGGUCAAACAUCCGGUGACACAAAAGAUCCGAUCAUAGUUCGCGAACUGUAACGACGGCUACGUCACAUCAGAAUCUAGAUGAUUUCGCAAUCGAGGCUCAAGAUUACUCCGAUUUAUGUACAAUAAAUAUAUGCGAGCCUCUUUUUUGCGCGCAAUGAUAAAUAAUUCAUUUCUCACCAACUCAAAGUUCACUUUUACUAUUUUACUGUUAGUAACGAGGAAGAAAGAAUAAAACAAUAAAAAUAGCAAUUGCAAUCAUACGGUAAAUCCAUAAUUACAGGGCAUCGUAUUUAAUUGAUAAUUGAUAAUGAAACGACAUUCAAUUUUUGUAGCUACUGUUCGAACUUGUCCAAACACCUAAAACCGCGCUGCCCAAGCUAUUUCUUAUGAUAAAAACGCAAGUGUUCGACGGUAAUUUCCUCGAUAUUAAUUUCCUAUUUAUUUUUUUCCCACGAAAUUGAUGUCUUUAGAAUCUUUUUGAAAGUGAUGGCAUUCGUCCAAAGCGUAUACCUACCUAGUUUCAACAUUUGCAUUAUGCAAAGAAAACAGAUUUAUUUCUGUACCAUGCGAUCACGCAUCAAAAGUAAACUAGAAAAUUGAAUUUAAACCACUCCGCUGCACAAUCCACUGGUUUAUAAUCCAAUAGUUUUGAUCAGUUCGAAUCUUAUCAAUUCCGCAGAAGCAAAUAUAUUUGUCGUAACCGAAAUACGACGCGAUUACAGCGCAAUAUUUUCGUCAUACAAUGCUUCAUGCGUCAAUGGAAUUAACGCAACUCGAUGUGAAUAUAAUUUAUGUAUUUUAUGUACGAAUGGAAGUUGAAUUCGAGAACAACUUCCUGCAAAUCUAUUUCUCAAUGUAACUAACUAAGUUUAUCUGAUCGUCGACGGAUCUGCCCAAGUAUUUCCGAAUUUCAUCCCCUCUGUAAUUUCUUCCAUUUAUGAGAAAUGUUCAAUUAUUACAAUGUAUUUUCUUCUGAUAAGCGCGAGAAAAAAACUAUUUAUAACAUUGUACCGUUGAGUUUCUGUUCCCUCACUCCUUUAUCUUUAUUUUUUCUUACACUUUUUUAUUUUUCACGUAUUGCCAAUAGCGGAGAGAACAAGCUGUCCGUGAAGAAGAUAAGCGGAAGAAUAUUCUCGGAUGAUUUUGCCGUUUUCACUGCCUCCCCGCAGAGAAGGAGGUGUAGAUUACGAUGAUUUCGAUUGAGUGGUACGAAAUGACCGAUUUCAUCAACGAAUUACUCAAUUCGAUACAGCAAUCGCACAACAUUGGGAAUGAUUGGGAUGUAUCAAAUAAACAAAAAAUCUACUACUUACGCACAAAAGUUCCCUCUCUUACAAGAAUCUACGCUGGGGGUUCGACAAUGUCGUAAUUACGGCGAUGCAUGUUGUUGUCGAUAUGAUAAAAAUAAGAAAACACCAGAUCUAUAUAAUAGUCAGAUCAAUUCACCGCGGACAUAAGAGAGUCUUGAAAAGCCGAAUAACGACGGAUAUUUGAUCAUCAAAUCGACCAGACAAUCGAAAAUUAAUUAUCUGUACCGAAACUCAUCUGCUCCGAAUAGCUAACAUGAAAAUCAUCCGACUGUCAUUCGCUAUUAUCAUCCUACUACAAGUUUUCACCAUAGCUUGCGCGUUGA